UGUUUUACUAUAGUCAAUAGUUAGACAGACAGACAAACAUAUAAAUACGGCAGUUAAAUACACACACACACACACACACACACGCAACUAACACCACCUCGCCAGUCCUUCUUCCCAAAAAACAUGGACACGGCCAACCUCGCCGCAGCAUGGCUCUCGUUCGCCGUAACGACAGUCGGGCUCGGCGGGCUCAUCUCCCAAGCCAGCGCCAUCAACGACCAGCUGGACCCGUUCCACGCGAACCGCACCGCCGAGUACCUGGGGAUAUGGUUCCAGCGGCAGCAGCGGUUCCCGUGGUGGCGCAUCACCAAGCCGCCGCCCCUCGGCCCCGCCAUCGCCGCCCGCAUGUCCGACGGCUUCUGCGGCGUCAACGUCUUGUACGUCACGCGCAUUCCUGUCGCGCCGCCCGGCAGGGCCGGCUGGUCGACUAUCUUGGCUAUGUUUAACCACGACGCGCCGUCGCUGUAUUAUGAGGAUGUGGGCGCGGUUGAGAAGGGGGGUGCGGUGGAGCAGCGUGUGUCGUUGGAGAGUGGUGUUGGGAGAAGAGAGGUGACUUGUGCGUCGGUGCGUAGUGCUAGUUGGUCGAAUGUUGCGCGGAAGUCUCUCAAGAGGCACCAGUCGCAUGCUUGCAUCGUCAUAUCGCGAACUACGCUUAUUACCAUGCUCGUGGUGACCAACGGCCGUCCCGUGUUCCAGUACAGCGACGCUUCUGGGUUUCGGGCUGGUUAUGCUUCGUACUGCGGGCAAUGGUACAUAACCUGGCCCAUCGGCCAAGAAGCCAUCGUCAAAUUCGCCGCACACGAUUCCAUCGGCGCGACAGAGGUUCUCCCCCGGAGCUUUACGCUGCGGGUCGACCGCUGCGGACAGAUGGUAUCCGGCGUCGUAUCGUCGCCGACGUCAGACUUCGCCGUCGGUUUCAGCGGCCGAAAGCCCAGCGGCACCUACCGGCUCGAAUACGCGCCCAGGGGGUUCCAAGGCGCCCACUCCGGCCGCCACUUGUACAACAUGCUCGGCGGCCGCGCCUUCGACGUCGACUUCCUCUACGCGCGACCCACCACCACAACGCACACGGCAGCAGACGGCGAGAUCAAGCUAGACCUCCCGAGCAAAGACACCGGCGACCGCACCGUCGCCAUGAUCAUCCCCCCCGCCGAACAAGACGUUCUACGACGAGCUCUCGACAGCCUGCCCUGGACGCAUCUAUCCUGGAGCAUGCACCGCGGGCUGCGGGACAUGCUCCUCGCCUACGGCAAACCGACCAUGGACCGCCACCGCACGACCCUCGCCUCGCUCCUGCGGGAGACGGUAGCGCAACGGCCCGAGGAAUUCCGCUCUCGGGGGUGGGAUCGGGAGUUCGUGCGCAGCAGCAUGGGGCCGAUGGCGGCGGCGGCGGUGCUCUCGGGGGGCGGCAACUCGGGGGACUCGGUGCGGGUGGUGACGGACGCGGCGGCCGUGUACGCGGGCUCGGGCUGGGGUCUGGAGAGGCUGGACGAGGUGAGCUUCUGGCGGCUAAGGGAACGGGAACGGUCGGCGGGGUUUCCCGAGACCCUAGAGGUAGAAGAAGUAGAAGUAGAACUGGACGCCGAAGCUGUUGUGGCGCUUACCAAGUUCUUUGUGCUGGAGUGGAGCCAGGAGUUCGAUUACCAGCUGUACCAUCACCUUCCGAUAUCUCUAUACUUCGGGUAAGCGUCUGCGGGAUAAUAGAUGGAAUGGAAUGGAAUGGAUGGGUGGGUUAGGCGUUGAUGGGCUGACUGGCUGGUUGGUCAUGUUCUUCUGGGAACCCUUGAUGAAGCUGUGAAGAUGUAUAAUGACGGAUAUGAUUGAAUGUUUUAUACGAGUUGAACAUGCUAUGUGGUAAGUACUUGGAUACCAAUCAAGUUCAAAAUUUCACUAUUUACCUGGACGCUUUUAUGGUAGAAAUGGGAAGACAGAAGAUGAAAUCGCGGUUCACG